AUGAACGAGCGUACAUUGCUGAUCUUCAAGUCUAUGUCUAAGUACAAGGAAUCCGAUCCAGUCAGAAAGCUUAUUGGUCACCUCGAUGUUCCGACCUACGAGGCACCACAGAACAACAAGUGGCGUCGAGAUGCAAGUGAUUCUGAUGACGAAGAGCCCAGGUUAAUCGCGUUAGCUAACACACAACUCGGGGCUAAGCACGGAAUUAAAGCAUCGAGCAAGAAGUCUGCUGGAAGUUCCAGUGCUGCAACACAUGUUGAAGUUGAUGUAAAUGUUGCUGCGGAAGAAGUUCAAGGAGUGUUCAUCGAAUCUGAUGUCCGUAGUGAUAUUGGUGGUACUGUAGUUGGAGAUACAGGUGGUAGUGCAGGUGGUGAUGGUGGUACUGCAAGUCGGUCAGACGAUGAUACGACCGACAAAGGUAAAGGUAAGGUGGACGAGCCGAGGAAGUUGGUGGAUGAAAGCAGUUCAUCUUCUGAUGAUGAAGGAGGUUCUGGUAAUGAUGAUUCGUCUUCUGAAGAUGAUAAUCCUCCUCCACCAGAUGCAAAAGAGAAACCGGUUAGAAUCGCAGAAUCUGACAAAGAUGAGGAUUAUAUUCCUGCUGCUCCUGGUUUGAUUAGAAAGAGGAAAGCAAGAAGACAGGGUACUCGUACUUCAAAGAAAUCAAAGGACGGAUCAGGGUCAAUGGGUGAAACUGCUGGUGAUGCCCUAUACCUGAUUCGAUCCAGCAUUCAACGCCUCCAGAGCAUCAGCUACCUCCUGUCAGUGAUCAAUUAA